AACUCAGCGACUUUCUCUCCGGGAAUCCCAGAACCAUCCGUCGACAUUUCCGUUCCCAAGCUUCUCUUUAAAUUGUCGGAAUUUCUUCUGUCUCGGCUUUAGGAAACCAAAUCCCAUUUCAUCAGGGCUUGUUUUCCUCUCCGUUCAUCCUCUGUAUAAUUGAAGACUCUUAAGUCUGAACCCACCUGCAGUUGGUUUUCUGUUUUUUGGUUUUUUGGUUUUUGAUUCUUCAUCGAUUGUUUGGUAUAGGUUGAGCUUACAAUCUUGUUGUAUUUGGGCAUGUUGGGUGCUAUGGGAGGACCUCUGCGUCUUACAUCGUUGAAUCACAUUUCAAUUGUAUGUAGAUCAGUGGAGGAAUCUCUGAAAUUCUAUCAGGAUGUUCUUGGGUUCAUCCCAGUCAGGCGGCCUGAAUCUCUGAAAUUUGAGGGAGCCUGGCUAUUCGGUUAUGGUAUUGGCAUCCAUCUUCUGCAAUCGGAGAACCCAGAAGGCAUGCCGAGGAAAUCAGAGAUUAAUCCCAAAGAUAAUCAUAUUUCUUUCCAGUGCGAGAGCAUGGUGGCAGUGGAGGUGAAAUUGAAGGAGAUAGGCAUCGAAUACGUGCAGAGAACAGUGAAGGAGGGUGGAAUAUACGUGGAUCAGUUGUUCUUUCAUGACCCAGAUGGCUUCAUGGUCGAGCUUUGCAACUGCGAGAACCUCCCAGUAGUCGACCUCAACGGAGAGCCAAUUGGAGGAGUGUGCUCGAGACGCAUUUUCAAGCACCAGCAGCUUAUUGCGCAACAGCAGAAGCAGCAACCACCACCAUCGCCACCACAAAUGGUUCAAUGUACCCCUGCGAUUCCCGUAAAUGAGGACUUCCUCUCCUGUGCAUGAUUCAAUCGAGAGAGUAACAGUAGAGUUUUAAUCUUAUUUCUGUAGGCAGCAUUUUGUUUUUGUUUGUAAUAUGAAUAUGAUAAGGACGGUCGUGGACGAAAAUGAAAAUCAGAUUAAUCUAUUAUCAACUCAAAUGAAUGAGCCAAACUCUUCUGUUUCUACACGGCACUGCUCUCAGCUCUGUUGAGUCUAUUC